CCCCUUUCUCUAUAACCAGAAUCAGUUUCACUUCUUCAUUCAGAGCAGCUGUGAACGGAACAGGUGACCGGCAGCGGGUACCAGAACAGAGACAUGAAGGUUGCAGACCCCGGCGAGGUCAGCUCGAUAGGAAGUGGGGUCACACCUGGAGCUCAGACCCAGAAGGUCGUCAUCACCCCGCAGGUCAGGUACCACCCGUCCAUCCAGACGCCGGCCGGUGGAGAUGCAGGACGGGCGAAAAGCACAAGGCGGCCCCAGAGGACAGGGCCCCCCGCCACACGCCCCCCUCAGACCGCCACAAAACCUCCUGACAAGACUGGACAGGAAGCCCACGGCGACAGGAGCGCCCAGGGUAACCCCGCACCUGCCGGGGGGCGGCGGCAGAGGCGGGACGCUCCGGCUCAGAGGCGUCCGGGUCCUGGUCAGAGUCCCGCUGAGGCUCUCCGCUCUCCUGAGCCAGCAGAGCUGACAGCUGCUGGGACGUCCCAGCUGGGUGAGGAGGACGGGUUGUCCGGUGGCGGCGCCGCUGCCCGGCCGGAGGAUGCACCUCCAUGUUUGGGCGGGACGCUGAAGCAGGAAGUGGUGGAGGAGGUGGAGCUUCAGACCCGCGGACAGAGGGAGAACCCGGCCUGGUUCGCCUGGCGGCACAACCGGAUCACAGCCUCCAACGCUCACCGCAUCGCAAACUGCCGCUUCGUCAGUGGCACGAGCCAGACCCCGCCCACCUCCUACCUGGCUGCCAUCACGGGUGAUGGGCCCCGAGUGCAGACCAGAGCCAUGACCUGGGGCAUCCAGCAGGAGGCGCAGGCCGUCCGGCGGUACCAGGUGCUGAAGAGCAAGGCGUUGGGGCGAGCGGUGACGGUGAGGGAGUGUGGUCUGUUCAUCGACGCCCGGCGGCCCUGGUUGGCCGGCAGCCCCGACGGCAUCGUGACGGACAGGCGGACCGGCCAAUCGCUGCUCUGCCUGGAGGUGAAGUGUCCGUACAAACACAGGCACGGGACGGUGGAGGAGGCCUGCAGGGCGGACCGGGCCUUCUGCCUGGAGAUCGAGGAGGAGCGGCGGCCCGGCACGCCUCUGUACCGCCUGAAGCCGAGCCACAGCUACUUCACGCAGAUCCAGUGCCAGCUGGCGGUGAGCGGCCUGCGCCACGCCGACCUGGUCGUGUUCACCCUGAGGGAGACGGCCAUCGUGCCCGUGACCUUUGACCCCGACUUCUGGGCGGAGACGGUGGCCCGGCUGGAGGUUUUCUACCGGGACGCCGUCCUCCCUCACCUGGGAGAGAGACGCCCGCGGGGCCCGGCCGGGGAGCCGGAGCUGUAGAGGGCGUCCCGUCCUCCUCCGAGCGUCCCGCCUGCUGACGUGCCCUCGAGCAAGACGCCGCGGGCUGAGGUUAACAGGCUAACAGCUUAAGAUGGAACCCUGAGCUUUUGCAUGAUAAUAUUUGAUUGAUUGAUUGUUUCCGCCCUGACAGAAGCUGCAGUUAUUGAUCUCCUCCUUCAGUAUUAGCCCCAGCUGCACCCAGUCUGCUUUACUUUAAUUAUCAGAUUUUAUUUACCCGUUCACGCAGGAGGGACUGUUUACGUGUUACCUUGCACGUUCUUUUGCACAAAGGGAUUUCUGGGCAAAACUGGUCAAGACGCAGCUGCGAGCUGACGUGAACUCACAAAGUGUAUUUUUCUAACUCGCAUCAUCUUCAUCAAUGCACUGUAAAAAAAAUAAAAUAAAUAAUAAUAAUAAUUUAAGCUGAUGUUCUGGAAAGUCCUGUUGACCGCUGUUCAUUUGAGCCCAGUUUCAGCCUCUGCGGCGCCCCCUGCAGGUGGUUUAUAUGCAGCAAAGCAUUUGAGGAACAUGAGAAAGAUCCCCAGCUGGGCGGAGCCAAGGUUCUCCAACCGGUGUGGACCUGGAACCCGUCUGUCUGAACGCCAACCGAGACCGAGGACAGCUCGUGUUACAGCGUCCCUGGGGUCUGGGGUCUUCUAUAUCGUAUCAAAUAUCAUAUCAAAUACUCAAAGAAUAGUUUUAUUUUUUGAUGAUUUGUUUGCAGAUGGAUAUUUAACCCUUUGGAGGUGUGGGCUGUAAUUCAGUGUAUUUCUGGAAAAAGAAAAGAGCUGCCGUGAGUCAGAUCCUGUCACAAACCCCAACCCUGACGAGACGGAAACCUUUCUCAUGACCAUGAAGGUGCAUCUAUAUGCAAAUUACUGGAUGAUGCGAUCUGCAGCCGACAGUCUGUUUAUGUGUUUACAAACCUCAUUUCUCCAAUAAAAAGGAACUGGACUGUCUGUGUGUGCCUUUAUUAUAUAUUUUGACAAUUUGAGCAGCUCACAGAUGCUUCAGUAGCAUCAGCAGUGUGUGUGUGUGUGUGUGUGUGUGUGUGUGCGCCUUGUUUUCAAUGAUGUAAAUGUUGAUUUUGGCAGCUUCCUGAUGUUUCUGCGCUGAUACGUGGCGACAGGAAGC